AUGACAGCUGACGCAAGAAGAGCAACACUUGUUUCCUUAUGUCACUUCCCAUCUUCACCAAAUCAAUCCAUCAAUCGAUAUGCUUCGCAAUCAUCCGUCGACGAGGCGCCCCAACUACUUUUCGACAAAAUCCCAGCAACGACAGCAGUGAUCGUUGACGACUGUCUUUAUGUGAUGGUCUCUAUCAGAACUUUAGCUAAACCCACCACUAGUUUAACCUAUUCUACUUCUUCAUCGCUUGUCAAGAAACCAGAGCUACUCGACAUCAACAUUCAUGGCUCUAAAGACACUGCAAAGAUUAUUGAUUUGCAUAACAAGGUGAUCAUGAACACCUAUGCACGUGUUCCUAACCUCGUCAUGGACCAUGGCAAAAAUGCACACCUCUACGAUGUCAAAGGUGACCGUUAUAUUGACUUUACCGCCGGUAUUGCUGUCAAUGCACUCGGUCAUGCCGACGAGGAAGUGUUGCGUGUAAUGACAGAGCAGGGUGCCAAGUUGACACACAUUUCAAACGUCUAUUUUAAUGCACCUGCCAUCGAGCUUGCUCAAAAGCUGAUUGCCUACUCAUCGUUUGACAAGUGUUUCUUUGCCAACUCUGGUACCGAGGCCAACGAGGGUGCACUCAAGUUUGCACGUCGUCACGGUCUCUCCAAGAAUCCCAACAAGAUCAACGUGAUCGCCUUCACCCACGGUUUCUCGGGUCGUUCGAUGGGCGCCCUCUCAUGCACACACAAGAGCAAGUACCGUGAGAUUUACGGCCCGCUCGUGCCGGGUAUCGCCUUUGCCGACUACAACAACAUUGAUUCGGUCAGAGAACUCAUCAGCGACAACACCUGCGCCGUCUUGAUCGAGCCUGUGCAAGGUGAGGGUGGUUUGGAAGCCGCUCGUCCAGACUUUAUGCAAGAUCUCGAAAAGUUGUGUCGCGAGCACGACGCCUUACUCAUCGUCGACGAGGUGCAAUGCGGUGUUGGUCGUACUGGCCGUUUGUGGGCACACGAACGUCUCGGCGUGCAGCCAGACAUUAUGACAUUGGCCAAACCACUUGCCAACGGUCUCCCCAUUGGUGCCAUCCUCGUCCGCGAGCAUGUCGCUCAGGUCAUUGGUCAAGGUGACCACGGUACCACCUAUGGUGGUGGUCCACUCGUCUGUGCCGUUGCCAACAAUGUAUUUGGACGUAUUGCCAACGAAGACUUUUUGCGCGAGGUUCGUGUCAAGGGUGCCCGUAUUGUAACCCGUCUCACUCAAAUUUCAAAGUCCUCUCACGGACAACCCAUCAUUGACAUUCGUACCACUGGUGGUCUCUUUGUCGGUGUUGAGUUUGACCAUCCAGUCAAGGAAUUAAUUGCCUUUGCCAACACUCACCACAAGGUACUCUUUAUCUCUGCUGGAGACAAUACCAUCCGUCUCUGUCCUUCUCUAACAGUUCCACAAGAAGAUAUUGAUAUUGCAAUUGAUGCAAUUGAAGCUUAUUUAAAAUCAAAAGAAAAAAGUAAUCAUAAUAAAUCAAUAGAUUAUAUUAUUUAUUUUGAAUAA